AUGACAAUUCGGUCAAUUUACUUUUUGAUUUUUGGUUUUAUACUAAAUCUAGCACUUGGAGCAGAUCCUGGUGCUUGUGUUCCUGACAUAAGAACAUCAAGUCCGGGUUUCAGAGCUACUUUUUAUCCAUAUGAAAAUGCAUAUGUUGAUGGUGCUCCAAAUUAUAACCCUGAAGAUGCGUAUUUCCCAGAUGCAAAUAUAAAUUACUUGUUGACUGGUUACAGGAACACGCCAAUUCAGGGAGCUACAUCUGGUGUUACUGAGCCAGCUUUCUCGUAUGGCUACCCAACAGACCCUUACCUAAUUCAAUGGGAAGACUUGGCAUCCGACUAUGUUUAUGGUGUGUUCACCUCGGUUUCCAAUUUUACACUUGAGUUGACAGGAUAUUUCUUAGCUCCGGAAACUGGGGAAUUUGCAAUUGAAGUCACUGCUGAUAAUGGGGCAGUUGUUACAUUUGGAGCAGGGCAGGCGUUUGAAUGCUGCAACACCCAGAUUUUAUCUAAUGAUGGUGAAUUUACUUUAUUUUCUAAUGAAGAGUUCAAUGGAAGUUUACCCAAUAUUUUAUCUGAACCUCAAAGGCUUACAGCUGGCUUUUACUAUCCUAUUAGAAUUUCAUUCGUUAAUACGGCCGGUCCAGCCGCCUUGGAUUUGGUUAUUACGACGCCCAGCGGAAUAAGAAUUACCGAUUUCGACGAAACAAUUUUCAGCUUUUUAGAUGUGGGAAGUAAUUGCCCAUAUGUACCACCCACAGUCACCUUUACUACUCCAUGGACUGGAACCACAACGAGAACGAUUACUCAUACUCCAUCAUCUGACGGUGACACUAUCACAGUUGAGAUAGAUACUCCUGUUCCAACCACAACGUUCACAACUCCAUGGACUGGAACCACAACGAGGACUAUUACUCAUACUCCAUCAUCUGACGGUGACACUAUCACAGUUGAGAUAGAUACUCCUGUUCCAACCACAACGUUCACAACUCCUUGGACUGGAACCACAACGAGGACUAUUACUCAUACUCCAUCAUCUGACGGUGACACUAUCACAGUUGAAAUCGAUACUCCUGUUCCAACCACAACGUUCACAACUCCAUGGACUGGAACCACAACGAGAACAAUCACUCAUACUCCAUCAUCUGACGGUGACACUAUCACAGUUGAAAUCGAUACUCCUGUUCCAACCACAACGUUCACAACUCCAUGGACUGGAACCACAACGAGAACAAUCACUCAUACUCCAUCAUCUGACGGUGACACGAUCACAGUUGAGAUAGAUACUCCUGUUCCAACCACAACGUUCACAACUCCUUGGACUGGAACCACAACGAGAACGAUUACUCAUACUCCAUCAUCUGACGGUGACACGAUCACAGUUGAGAUAGAUACUCCUGUUCCAACCACAACGUUCACAACUCCAUGGACUGGAACCACAACGAGGACUAUUACUCAUACUCCAUCAUCUGACGGUGACACUAUCACAGUUGAAAUCGAUACCCCAACCUCAGGUCCUCCAACUACGACGUUUACAACUCCUUGGACUGGAACCACAACGAGAACGAUUACUCAUACUCCAUCAUCUGACGGUGACACUAUCACAGUUGAGAUAGAUACUCCUGUUCCAACCACAACGUUCACAACUCCAUGGACUGGAACCACAACGAGGACUAUUACUCAUACUCCAUCAUCUGACGGUGACACUAUCACAGUUGAGAUAGAUACUCCUGUUCCAACCACAACGUUCACAACUCCAUGGACUGGAACCACAACGAGGACUAUUACUCAUACUCCAUCAUCUGACGGUGACACUAUCACAGUUGAAAUCGAUACCCCAACCACAGGUCCUCCAACUACGACGUUUACAACUCCUUGGACUGGAACCACAACGAGAACGAUUACUCAUACUCCAUCAUCUGACGGUGACACUAUCACAGUUGAGAUAGAUACUCCUGUUCCAACCACAACGUUCACAACUCCAUGGACUGGAACCACAACGAGAACAAUCACUCAUACUCCAUCAUCUGACGGUGACACUAUCACAGUUGAGAUAGAUACUCCUGUUCCAACCACAACGUUCACAACUCCAUGGACUGGAACCACAACGAGGACUACUACUCAUACUCCAUCAUCUGACGGUGACACUAUCACAGUUGAGAUAGAUACUCCUGUUCCAACUACGACGUUUACAACUCCUUGGACUGGAACCACAACGAGAACGAUUACUCAUACUCCAUCAUCUGACGGUGACACUAUCACAGUUGAGAUAGAUACUCCUGUUCCAACCACAACGUUCACAACUCCAUGGACUGGAACCACAACGAGGACUAUUACUCAUAUUCCAUCAUCUGACGGUGACACUAUCACAGUUGAAAUCGAUACCCCAACCACAGGUCCUCCAACUACGACGUUUACAACUCCUUGGACUGGAACCACAACGAGAACAAUCACUCAUACUCCAUCAUCUGACGGUGACACUAUCACAGUUGAGAUAGAUACUCCUGUUCCAACUACGACGUUUACAACUCCUUGGACUGGAACCACAACGAGAACGAUUACUCAUACUCCAUCAUCUGACGGUGACACUAUCACAGUUGAGAUAGAUACUCCUGUUCCAACUACGACGUUUACAACUCCUUGGACUGGAACCACAACGAGAACGAUUACUCAUACUCCAUCUUCUGACGGUGACACUAUCACAGUUGAGAUCGAUACCCCAACCACAGGUCCUCCAACUACGACGUUUACAACUCCAUGGACUGGAACCACAACGAGAACGAUUACUCAUACUCCAUCAUCUGACGGUGACACUAUCACAGUUGAGAUAGAUACUCCUGUUCCAACCACAACGUUCACAACUCCUUGGACUGGAACCACAACGAGGACUAUUACUCAUACUCCAUCAUCUGACGGUGACACUAUCACAGUUGAAAUCGAUACCCCAACCACAGGUCCUCCAACUACGGCGUUUACAACUCCUUGGACUGGAACCACAACGAGAACGAUUACUCAUACUCCAUCAUCUGACGGUGACACUAUCACAGUUGAGAUAGAUACUCCUGUUCCAACCACAACGUUCACAUCUCCAUGGACUGGAACCACAACGAGAACAAUCACUCAUACUCCAUCAUCUGACGGUGACACCAUCACAGUUGAGAUAGAUACUCCUAUUUCUAUUGCCACAUUUGAGACUGUUCAAACAACUUUCAGCAAGUAUACCAGUUUUUGGAGCAAUUUCACUGAAGAGAUCACUUCUGAUAUUGGAAAAACAGUUAUUGAUAUUUCAACUACUGUGAUUACAAUAAAAUCGUGUGAGAAUGAUUAUUGCGAUCAGUUGGUAAGAACGACUGGGUAUCAAGUUGUUACAACAACCAUUGACGAAACCGUUACAGAGUUUACAACCUUCUGUGAUAUUCCUAGCACAACUGCUGAAGAUCAAAUAUUAUCUGCAGCAUCUGAUCUCGAAGGAUCAACUUCCUCUGAGGUAACCACAGUCUAUUUCAAAGAUGAUACGACCACGUAUUUAAUUUCUCAGACUGUAACUAAUACUGGCAUUUCCACGAUCACUACAUAUUCUUAUCAAGAAAAUGAAGAUUAUGUAUCUACAGGAACUUCUAAAGAUAUCGACCAAAAUGAAAUACUUUCAGGGGAACUUACGAUUACCAGUACGAAAAGUGGGGAUACGAAGCACAGCCAAGAUUCUUCUGCCACUCAAAAAUUCGACUAUUCCAAUCAAUUAACGCCUGUGACGGUUGUGCCUCAAGUCAGUUCGACGAAUGUUCCUGAAGUUUACCAUGUCCAAAGUGAAGGUGGUGGCGCAAACACCUAUAAAAUCUCUUUCUGGUCAGUUAUAUUAGCUCUAGUUGUUGUGUUCGAGUUUUGA